AUGGCUAUUCAACACCAUACAUUUUUGCUAGAGCAAUAUGCUCAACAAUCCAAACAUGGUGGUUAUGUUGCAAGCUGUGAAUACAAGAAUCAGAAGAAAGAAACACAUCAUAAGAGUCUCAUGAAGGACUACUUCUGUGAAAGACCACUUUAUCCCCCAGUGGACUUUCACAGGCGGUUUUGCAUGAUAAGAGAGCUUUUCUAUCACAUCUUGAAUGAUGUUGUUGCACAUGAGCCAUACUUUACCCAGAAGAUAGACGCUUAUGGACGACAAAGUCUAUCCCCAGAGCAGAAGCUAACAGCCGUUUUUUGA